CGCAGCUAGGACUGGCUCCCGCGCGGGCCUUUGAGGCCCGCGACGUCCCACCGGGGUACGCGGGCAUGGCGGCCAGCCUGUGGAUGGGCGACCAGCUAGAACCCUACAUGGAUGAGAACUUCAUCUCCAGAGCCUUUGCCACCAUGGGGGAGACAGUGAUGAGUGUCAAAAUCAUCAGAAACCGCCUCACUGGGAUUCCAGCUGGCUACUGCUUUGUAGAAUUUGCAGAUUUGGCCACAGCUGAGAAGUGUUUGCAUAAAAUUAAUGGGAAACCCCUUCCAGGAGCCACACCUGCAAAACGUUUUAAACUGAACUAUGCUACUUAUGGGAAACAACCAGAUAACAGCCCUGAGUACUCCCUCUUUGUUGGGGACCUGACCCCAGAUGUGGAUGAUGGUAUGCUGUAUGAAUUCUUCGUGAAAGUCUACCCCUCCUGUCGAGGAGGCAAGGUGGUUUUGGACCAGACUGGUGUGUCUAAGGGUUAUGGUUUUGUGAAAUUCACAGAUGAAUUGGAACAGAAGCGAGCACUGACGGAGUGCCAGGGAGCAGUAGGACUGGGGUCUAAACCCGUGCGGCUCAGUGUGGCAAUCCCUAAAGCGAGCCGUGUAAAGCCAGUGGAGUAUAGUCAGAUGUAUAGUUACAGCUACAACCAGUAUUACCAGCAAUACCAGAACUACUAUGCCCAGUGGGGUUAUGACCAGAACACAGGCAGCUACAGCUACAGUUACCCUCAGUAUGGCUAUACUCAGAGCACCAUGCAGACAUAUGAAGAAGUUGGGGAUGAUGCAUUAGAAGAUCCCAUGCCACAGCUGGAUGUGACUGAGGCCAACAAGGAGUUCAUGGAGCAGAGUGAGGAGCUGUAUGAUGCACUGAUGGACUGUCACUGGCAGCCACUGGACACAGUAUCUUCUGAGAUCCCUGCUUUCAUGUAGCAAAGACAAAGAACAUGUCAGGACUGCUAGCGGAAGACCUUUUUAAAAUUGUGUGUGAAGCCUUUUUUGAAAUAUGAGCUUUAAGAUUUUAAUCACCACCAUUUCUGGAG